AGUUUACUUUUUUACGUCUGUAGUUCGAGCUGCUCUCCCGAUCUGAGAGUUUCCUCUUCUUUCUACCUUGAUCCCGUUGCGAUCGGGAUAUAUGGGGUCGACAGAGGAGGGUCCGGAGAUCAGCGGAGGCGUCGAUGGAGUGGCGGUGGUGGAAGCCCUAUCGGGAGUAGUGGAGGAGGUGACGGCGCUGCCCGAGAAUCGCGGGCCAUUGCGACGGAUGAGCUUCGACCUGGCGCAGCGAGUGAAGCUUCUUGCCCCGCUCUUCGACGAGCUGAGGGACGACGCCGGAUCGAUCCGUCCGGACGAACUUCGCGGCCUGGAAUCGCUUCGCGUGGCCCUCGUGGAAGCGAAAGAGAUCCUUCGGUUAGUCAACGCGGGGAGCAGGCUCUAUCAGGUUCUAAGAUCGUCAAAAUUUGAAAUCUCCUUUCAAAUGGCAACUGAAUCUAUUGAAAAGGCAAUCAAUGAGAUAUGCUUGGACAAUCUUAACAUUCCGCUUGAAGUUAAAGAACAGAUUGAACUUUUGCAUUCCCAUCUUCAUAGAGCAAAAGAAACUGUGGAAUUGCCUGAUCUGCAACUGCACAGAGAUUUAAGUUGGGCACUGAAUGAAAAUUAUAGUGAUAUUAGUGUCAUCAAAAGAAUAUCAGAAAAGCUUCAACUAAAAAAUAAGAAUGACAUCAUCAAGGAGUCAGUCGCUCUAAAUGAAAUGGUCAUUUCAAGCGAUGGAGAGCCUGAUGUCUCACUGGAUGACAUGUCCUUAUUGCUGAAGAAGAUUAACGAUUGUGUACUAUCAGAAAACUUAGCUUCUGCUAGCAUGGAUAGGAAGACAAGCUUUUCCAAACACAGAUCACCAGUGAUCCCAGAUGAUUUUCGGUGUCCAAUGUCGCUUGAACUGAUGAAGGAUCCUGUCAUUAUAUCCUCAGGACUGACGUAUGAGAGAUCUUACAUCCAGAAAUGGCUUGAAAAUGGACACAAGACCUGCCCCAAGACACAACAACCUCUAUCUCACACUAUUCUCACCCCCAAUUUCAUCUUGAAGAGCUUAAUAGUGCAGUGGUGUGAUGCCAAUGGCAUUGAAUUGAACAAAAAGCACAGUAAACCAGAAAACAAUUCUGAUUGUAACCAGGCUGGGAUCAAGGCACUAAUGUCUAAGUUGGCAAAUGGCAGCCAAGAAGAGCAAAGAGCAGCUGCUGGUGAACUCCGAUUGCUUGCAAAGAGAAAUGCUGAUAACAGAAUAUGUAUUGCUGAAGCUGGUGCAAUCCCCUUACUUAUACAACUCCUUUCAUCUCCAGAUCCAAGAACGCAGGAGCAUGCAGUUACGGCACUCCUUAACCUUUCCAUAAACGAUGAUAACAAACAUAUUAUUGUGAAAGAGAAAGCAAUACCAAAGAUAGUGGAAGUCCUGCAAAGUGAGACUAUGGAAGCAAGAGAGAAUGCUGCGGCUACUCUAUUUAGUUUGUCAGUUGUAGAUUCAAACAAAAUCCUGAUAGGGGAAGCUGGGGCGAUUCCUCUACUUAUUUCCCUGCUAUGUGAAGGAAGUCCAAGAGGUAAGAAAGAUGCUGCUACUGCAAUUUUCAACCUCUGCAUUUACAAUGGUAACAAACUUAUCGCAGUGAAAGCUGGCAUUGUUGACCAUUUGAUCACUAUGCUGGUCGAUCCUACACUGGGUAUGAUUGAUGAAACAUUAGCUAUACUGGCAAUCCUUUCAAAUAAUCAAGAUGGUAAGACGGCAAUUGCAAGUUCUCACCCUAUUCCUCUCCUGGUGAAACUAAUGAAAAGUGGAUCAUCACGGGUUCGCGAGAGUGCAGCUGCAUUGAUGUAUUCGCUUUGUAGUGGAGUUGAGCAGAACCUCAAGGUUGCGAAGGAGGUGGGUGCGGAAGAAGCACUCAAAGAACUUCUUGAGACUGGCACGGAAAGGGCCAAGAGAAAAGCUGGAAGUCUUCUAGCUCUGAUGCACCAGGGGGCUGAGCCUUCCGAGAUUGCUUAUACAUGUGUCGAACAAAAUGCUGCUUAGAAUGCUGUUAUACUCGUUUAGUACGUAAUAAUACUUCGUAGUUUCCGUAUGUAUAUAUGUUCAGUGAUCUGAUACCAUAUUUUUAUACCUCCUGAGAAAUCAGGAGAAGUUUUAGUCGGAUGCCUAGAUUGGAGAGUUUACUACUAAUAAACUGGGAGCACUUUGUUUA